UAUCGUCAACAUGGCGGAUAAUGUCCAUACUUAACGCGAUUAGGCGACAAUCUACCGUACGUACUCUUUCAGCGCUCGUUAAAUAAGUACUUACUGAAAUUAAGUACAUAUUCAGAGAGUAUGCGGUUUCGGAUGCAGCCUGGGUAUUUGGGCGCAGCCGUUGCAGCCUUGCAUUUGACGGCCAAAAUGUCCUUCUUUAGACGUAAUCGGUGUACCAGCCUAUCAGGAUCAGCCGCUCAUAUGUGAUGGGCGGGUCUUAACGUGCUGCUUGCUGCUACAGGGACACAAAGAUGGAAAUUCAGGGGCUUACUGACAGCCAAAACACUCACUGCCAACAUGGCGCCCAGACUCACACAUUGUUUUCUCAACAAAGAGCAGCUCCAGGGACCUAUGCAAGCUCACGCCUGACUGAAAAUGCGAUCUCGGAUCUCUCUGAAUCGAUCGGUUUGGAACGCAACAACGACAACAACAACCGGGUUAGCUCAUCUCCGCUUCGGCUGGUUGAAAAUGAAAAUGGCAGUCUGCCUCAAAACAAUUUUGUUCAUAAGGAUGAUGUACAGUCCACAAAUGCUGAGUUCAGUGACGUGACUGUGCUCACACAAAAGGUGUUUAAUGAACUGGAGCUGCUGCCUUCGGAGUUUGAGAGGGCCGAUGAACAUGACGACAGCGAUCUAAAAAUGGUGCAUCCCAUCCUGAACCAUGAGAGCUGUGAACAGAGACAAGCGCCAAAGAACACUCUAAACAAAACUGCAGCAUCGUCUAGCAAGAACCUAGAAGAACUCUACACAGUUUUUAACAUACAGCAUAAAGAAAAUGACGGUAAAGAACGUGAUAUGAAUUUGCAAUGUAAAAUAGGAGAGAAUAUCUCCAUAUUAUCCAAAUCAAAGACUUUUCUAGAACAUUCUGACGAAAGCUUUAGCAGAACGUCAUUGAAAUCCAUACAUUUGUCUAACAACAACAAUUUAAAUAUAAUGUCUGAGAGACUAAACCAAACUGUUAGACAGGUGAUUUCUCCGGAAUCGGAGAACGAAGAUCCAAUAUUAUUAGAACAGUCUGGGAGUAAUCAAACGGCCUCUACUGCAAAAAUUAGUUGCAGUAAUUUUAUUGAACAUUCGACAGACGAGUCGACGCAGUGUGUGACGAAAAAUUGCCCCACAUUCAUACAAGAGAACAGCGUUGCUACUGAGACAACUGAAAUGGAUGUCAUAAACUUUGCAGGUCAAGAUUCUAGCAGUAAUGGUUACUAUCCUCCGAUUGGCACUUCAGUACCUCUGCAUGAAACGUAUUCUGGGACAAUCAUGAUCAACGAUCAAAGUAUCAUUGUUACCAUUGAAAAUGGAAUAUUGACCCUAGCCGCCCCACCAGAUGGCUACACAUACAAGGAGGAUAAAAUGAUAAGCUUAAAAGAACAUUUGGGAAUUAAAGACAAUGAAGACCUUGUGGUGCUCAACUAUAAUCGAGAAAGUAAAUCCAUCUGUAAAAUCAGCAAUGCUGUCUUGGGUCAGCAAGGUGAACCCAAAGCUAACCGGCUGGUCAAUAAUGAUUUAGAGUUGACUUUAACUGAUGACUGUUCACUGUCAGAAAUGGGUGUUCUGGACUCUUGCCCGUCAAUCAAGGAAGAGGAAGGAACAAUUUGUGCAAUAGACAAUGAAAAUGUUAUCUUUCAAAAUACACAAAGCAAAACAGUUGCGUCUGGGGAAGAGCUACACUCAAUAAACAUUUUAGCUGUGACAGGUUUGGCAAAGAAAGGUUCAGUUGUAGAGUAUAGAUGUCCCCAACCAGGUUGCUCCAGCACUUUUGACACCCGGCAAAACCUCAAAGUUCAUUUGGUUUUGCACACGGAUGACCAGCGUCCCUUUAAGUGCACGGUUGAGGGUUGCGGGUGGUCUUUCACAACAUCUUACAAACUCAAACGCCACCUGCAGUCUCAUGACAAAGUGCGGCCUUUUAAAUGUGAAUGGGAAAAUUGUGGUCGCUGCUUCACCACGGUCUACAAUCUAAAAGCUCAUGUUAGAGCCCAUGAUCAGGAAAAUGCCUUUGUCUGUGAAGUAUGUAAUGAGAGGUUUCGCACUGCCAGUAGACUUACUAAUCAUCAGAGAAUACAUUUUGAACCUGAGAGACCACAUAAGUGUGAAUUCCCAGGAUGUGAAAAGACCUUUAUUACCUUCAGCGCCCUGUUCUCUCAUAACAGAACCCACUUUAGAGAAAUGGGGCAGUUUUCCUGCUCUUAUCCUGGCUGUGACAAGCAAUAUGACAAGGCCUGUCGUCUUAAAAUACACCUUCGCAGUCAUACAGGUGAGAGACCUUUUGUUUGCGAUUCCAAUUCCUGUGGAUGGACCUUCACAAGCAUGUCAAAAUUGCUUCGGCACAAACGGAAACACAAUGAUGAUAGACGAUUUGCAUGUCCAGAGCAAGGCUGUGGGAAAUCCUUCACACGGGCUGAACACCUGAAGGGCCACAGUAUCACACACCUGGGCACCAAGCCAUUUGAAUGCCCUGUAGAAGGUUGUGGUGCAAAAUUUUCAGCUCGCAGUAGUCUCUACAUCCAUUCUAAGAAGCACAGACAGGAUGGAGUGAGUCUGAGGAGUCGCUGUCCUGUGUCAGGGUGCACCAAACACUUCUCUUCACGCAGCAGCCUCAAGACACACAUGCUUAAACACCACAGUCUGACUCCAGAUGUUUUGAGUCAGUUGGACAGCGCUGCUACUCUCACGCCUAGCAGUGAGCUAACAAGCACUUCACAGGCUGUCGGUGCCCCUCCAGGGCCCACAGGAGCAGAAUUCAGUAGUUUAGACUUGUCCUCCCUCUUCUCUAGUGUUCUUGCAUGUCCAGCAACCACGGCUACAUCUGCGGGGCCUGGAGGGCCAACCUCCUUCUCUAUGGACAUGUCCCUGAUCAACACCGGAAUCCUGACAAUAGAUUCGUCCUCAGCUGCACCGGCUGUUAACGGAGCAAAGACUGUGGAUCCUCUCAUUUUAGCAGCCGGGCAAGAUAUGGGGGUGCACGUAUUGGAUGCAGGAUUGGCCGCUGGGGGAGAUGGAGGUGUUCUGCCUCAUGCAAUGUUGCAUUUGGAUGAUGUACAAACAGUCAAUCCAGAAGAGCUGGGAACACUGACAGCUCUGGCUAUCCAAAGUUCUGCGUCAUCAGAACAGCUCAAAAGCUCUCUGAGUUCCUGCAGUGCUUUUACUGCAGAAUCACUGUCCAUUCUACCGCCAUCCCUCUCUUCUUCCCUCACUACCUCACUUUCUUCCCUGUCAUCAGCUCUCCCUCCAGGGCUUAGUUCCUCUCUUGUACCUUCCUUCUCUACCCCUCUUGCAUCUUCUCUUUCCUCGUCGAUGGUUCUUCCAGGAACACCCGGACCAGAGUUACUUUCUCUGCAGAGAAAGGCUGAUAUAGCAGGCAGUGAGACGACAGCUGGGCCGUUGUUGAGCAGGGUGGACGUCAUGGCCCAGUCAGAUGGCAAUAAGAGAAUGUGUCAGUUUGUGUUCCCCAGCCACAGUGAGUCGUACAAAGGGCAGAAAAACAAAGAGAUGUCCUUUGUCACACCCUGCUCCAUUAUGGAGAGCAGUGGAUCGGCACGCACAGACUACAGGGCCAUUCAGCUGGCCAAGAGGAGGAAACGAAAAGUCCCCGGCUCUUCCACAUCUACGUUACAGACAGGCCAAAGAAUGGCUAAAGCAUCCAAAAGCACCAGCUCUGCUCCAUCUACCAAAUCAAGUGCUCAUUUUACAGAAGGAACUGCAACUGGUGACAUACCCAUACGGGAUCCAGUGACUGGUGCGCAAUUUGUGCAGAUUCAACUACUGCAGGAUGACCCUGCCAAUGAUGGAGCCUUGGCUUUCCAGUUGAGUUCCCAGACCUCAUGUUCUCACUCGCAGCUCACCGUGGAUCUUCCAGUCAACAUCCUACAGGAAUCAACAGCCAUGCCUGAAGAUGAAAAUAGAUCUGAUAACUCCCAGUUUACUGGCAGCACCAUCAACCUACAAGAUUUGGAGUAACAAUAAAUCUAUAAAGCACUACUCAACGGCCAUCUGUUACCCAUCCAACAAACUAAGAACUAAUAGUGGUCUUUAACUGACUUAAUCUUUGGUCAGUUAA